UCGUCGAGGGACGCGUCAUUUGAACACUUUAGUGUAAGUCAUUGGACGAACUGUACGGGAUAUAGGGGAUAUGACUGAGAUAGAGCUCGGCCGAACGAACGCCGUAGUGCCCCAAGAAACGACAAAUGGUGCUGUUAUUGAUAUAGACGAUGGAGAUGGUAAAGAUUUGAGAGAUGAUACGAUAGACCAGCUCGACGAAAGUGAAGAAAAGAAUAAAAGCUCAGAUAGCAGCGUACAAGGCGAUACAGAAGAUGAAGACGACGAGAAUGCACCUUUAGGCUACUGCCGUUUUGUUGUGAAGCAUCAUCGCUUGACCUUUGGAAUAACAUUGGGCGCACACUUAUUUAUGAUCCUUGUCACACUAAUACUUCUCCUCUCAGGAUAUGAAGUCAUACCAAUCAAUUUCUCCUCCCUUCCACUUGAUUUGAAAGACGAUUCCACUAAACUUCGAACCGACGCUUGGCUUCACGUCAAAGAUGAUGAUGCUGUCAUCAAACUUAAUGGUGAUCAGAGAAUGCGUGGUGUUGAAUAUCAAGUAAUGGUCUUCUACUACGAGAAAAAAGGCGGGAAUGUUUUUUCCAAGGAAAAUUUACUCGAUCUGCAAAAAUUUGAAAACAGCCUUUUCAUGGACGCUGACUAUCAAAGAAAACUUUGUCAAUUGGUGUAUACGGACAACACAACGAGUUCCACGGUAGGAAACGAAACAUAUGCGAAGUGCAAAAAACCUUUAUCGAUCUUGCGGUUCUUUGAUGGCUCCUAUAAACGAAUGAGCGCCGAUUUCGACGAUCCAACAUUUUCAAACAUUCCUAAAGUUCUUCAUACCGCGAAAUCAAUGAACGCAAGUAGGGCAAUUUUGAACUUUCACCUUGGAAAAGAUUCUGUCGUUACAAAGGACAGUGCAGAGUCUGACGUUACUCGAACCUUGUUUUACACGGGCUGGCCAAUUGAAGGAUACAACAGCACCGAUGAACGGAAGGACGAUCAGAAAAAAGAAAUCGACAAACUAAUCAUCGAUAUAUUCGAAAAGAAAAUGGAAGACACUUUCAAAGAUGGUGUAGCUGGUAUGGACUUCGUAUACAAUAACAUCGCUUUGUUUGUAGAAGCCACCAUUAAACAAGUUAUUCUUGAUAUGAUGUUGGCCGUAGCGAGUUUCAUUUUCAUCUUCCUUUUUAUGUGGUUCCAAACUGGUUCCUUUUGGAUCACUUCGUUUGGCAUAUUCAGCGUUAUUUCAAGCUUCAAUAUCGCAAAUCUUAUAUACAGAGUGGUAUUUGAUUAUCGAUACUUUGGAAUAUUCCACGUUCUUUCCAUAUUCAUCAUCCUUGGAAUCGGCUCAGACAACAUAUUCGUGUUCAUGGACUCUUGGAAACAAUCACACAAAGGCACUUAUAAAAAUCUUGCCAUGCGUUUAAAUACAGUAUACAAAAGGGCUGCCAAGGCAACUUUGAUCACCUCGUUCACCACGAUGAUGGCUUUCUUUUCAAACAUUCAAUCCCCGUUGCUGGCAAUUUAUUCAUUUGGACUCUUUUCAGGAAUUCUUAUAAUCGUGAACUAUUUGUCAGUUAUUCUCUUCUUCCCAACCGUCAUAUUGACGCAUCAUCGCGAUCGUGAUGGCAAUUGUUGCUGUUGGCCAAUGUGCAAAAGAAAAACGAAUACGAGCCAAAGCUCGACCGACAACUUGCAUGAAAACAAACCAAGUGAAUCAAUUACACAGAAAAUCAGUAACUUCUUCGAAGGACCGUUUUUCAAAUAUGUUAUUACACACAGAAUAACUCGUUGGGUCGUGAUUGCUUGUUUCCUUGUUUUGAUUAUCGUGUCCAUUACAUUUGCAACACAAGUAAAGCCCUCUACUGAACAGAUUAAUGUUUGGUCAGAUGACACAAACUGGGGUCGAGGAAGAACACUAUCGAAAGAGUCAUUUCUUCCAAGCCAGGAAGAUAAAGUGAUUGUCGUACAUGUUGUUUGGGGUUUACAAGAUCAGGAUCGUAGUGAAUGCCAUCAAACUGACUUUGAAUGUAAAGGGAAAACUGUGUUUGAUAAAAGCUUUGAUAUGAAUCCUCCGCCUUGUCAAAAUGCUAUUCUGGAUUUAUGUAACAAGUUCAAAAAUCUGCCUCCUGAGCAAGAGGAAAAAUUAAGACUGCGGAGGAGUCAAGUAACUGGGGAAAUUGAGAUUGAAUGCAUUUUUGAGCGAAUGGACGAAUAUUUAACGGUCGAGGCCAACAAGACAAAGUAUCCAAAUGGAUCUGAUUUUGGUUUCCCUCUAAAUUCGGCGAAAAUGAGAACUUUAAUGGAAGCUAACGAGCCGCGUUUGUUUAAUGUCUCGCUUCCUGAUACCUAUUACCGAUUCUUUGAAGUUGGUCUGGGUUAUUUUAUAACUGAUGGAGGUUCUCGUGAUUUUGCUAAAACCUAUGAUUAUGAUAAAUAUCAGGACACCUUCGGAGGACAAAUCGAUCCUAGCUCUAUCAAAAAUGAUGCAAGUAUCCAAGGGAACAAGUUUGGCAAUCGGCUUUUGUAUGUGGCCAUUUCUUUAAAUACGUCAUUAAAUCCCUUAACACUGGGGUAUGAGGAAGGUUUACCAAUCCACGAUAACUGGGAAGAAUUUAUCAAGAAAGAAAUGAGUGCCAUGCCUUCUUCAUGUAACAAUGGUUUUCAGGCAACUGUAUCAGAAAGCAACGAGUGGCAAUGGCUUAAGGUCCAAAAGAUUCUCGUCGAUAGCGCAAUCUCAGGAAUAGCUAUUGGUUUAGCUCUUGCCAUUAUCGUGCUAACGCUUGCCACAACGAAUGUAAUCGUCGGUAUUAUGGCAACCUUAACCAUUGCCAUGGUAACAUGCGGUGUUCUGGGAUUAAUCCCCAUACUUGGAUGGAAUCUUGGAGUAUUUGAAUCUCUGAAUCUAACUCUUGUUGUCGGUCUAGCGGUGGACUACGUUGUACACUUGGCUGAUGGAUAUAUGGAGCUCGAGUAUGAAGACAGAGUUUCUAGGGUGAAGUAUACAUUGGGUCAUGUCGGUGUUUCCGUCUUUUCUGGUGCUUGUACAACACUGGGAUCCUCCAUUUUCAUGUUAGCCGCGAAAAUUAUCUUCUUUCAGCAGUUCGGUAUCUUCAUCUUCUGCACAAUCGGUCUGUCUAUUCUAUACUCCCUCAUUUUAUUUACCACAAUUCUGGCCUUGAUUGGUCCCGAGGGUGAAGUGGGCUCGCUUAGACCACUGUGGAGGAUGUCAAAGGAUUACAUACGUGGUAAAACCAAGGACCAUACUGACUGCAAAACUUGCAAAGGAAAAGGAUUCCACAAAGUCGAUUUAAGUGAACAAAAUACUUUACUCUAACUUUAGGCUAACUAUUAGAAUAAACGUUUUAAGGACAAAAUGGAGUAAAAAUUAUACCCAAGAUAACUGAUCAGUGCAGGAGUAGCACACCUUUGCAAUCAUGUAUGUUAAAACAUAUAUGUAUAUUAUGGACUAUAAAGUUUAUUAAUAAGUUGCCCGGUUGCAUGCCUCCAAUCUGUUGCAUUAAAAAACAAGUCAUCUACUUGUAACAAUUUAUUUAUGUUUAUAUUUAUGUAAAUAUUGAAUUAUAGUAUAGAUUAUGUUUACCUAGAUGACAAUUAGCAAUUUAAAAUUUUGUGCAUGGACACAUCCUGAAACUGGAAUGCAUAACCAUGCAAUUCAGGAAUAAUUAUCGCUCAUAAAUGUACAAUAUCAAAUUUUAGGAGCGUACUACACAUGUACAUGCUUUAUUACAUGAGAAUAUAUUAUUAGACUCAA